AAGCGCGGGGACUCGCCGAUCGAAGACGUCGUGCAUGUGGCUGAGACUCCGAGGGCAUGUACGCCGGCUGCCGCGCGUGCGCGCACUUGAGCUUGCCUCCGCCCCCUACGCUACUCAUGCUAGCUCCUGUACCCCGUACGCUACAAUGACGGCUCUUGCAAGGUCAACGAGUCUGCUGCUCAAUCUGCCUCGAACUCCAUCCGUUUUGCGACCGCUUGUCUCGAGUCGCGCGUACGCCCUCUCCAGGUUUCCCGAACGGGGCACCGGGGCGAGUAGGCAACGCCCUCGAGUUACUCCGCUGCGAGCAUCAUCGUCAAGGGAUCCGAAUGAAUUCAAGGGCUCCUCAUACGAGGACCGGCCCUCGUCAGAGGAGUCCCCUCUCUGGGACGAGAGUCAACGAGGUCCCUUCAGCGAUCCGGAGGACGGGCUGAAGAGACUUCUGCUAGGACACGAGGAGCUGGUUGUUACAAGGCAGAUAGAAAUGCUAAACAUCUUCAUGGGAUUUGAACAGACCAACCGUUAUGUCAUCACUAACACGAAGGACGAAGUUCUGGGUUACAUUGCUGAAGAACCGCGCGGACUCUUCGCAGCCUUUGGGCGUCAGAUAUUCCGCACGCAUCGGCCAUUCCGUGCAGUCGUCAUGGAUCCCUACGGGACACCCGUUCUCUGGGUCCGUCGUCCGUUUGCAUGGAUAAACUCGCGGAUGUUCGUUCAACGGCUCAAAGACUACAAUACGUACACACCCGAAGGUGAACCUGUGCUCGAUACCUUUGGCGAGGUGCAGCAAUCAUGGCAUCCGUGGCGUAGACGAUAUGACUUGUUCCUCAGGGAGAGCACCCAACGUAUUCUCUCGGUCGCGUCCGAAGCGCAGCCGGAACCAGAUAUCGAGGUCUUCACACAGCUCGCCAAAAUAGACGAAGGUUUCCUUGCGUGGGAUUUCUUCCUCCGAGAUGCGCGGGUACAAGAAAUUGCAAGCAUUCGUCGUGCCUUUAGAGGAUUCGGACGUGAGCUGUUCACUGAUACUGGCCAGUACUUCGUCCGCUUCAGUUCUCUCCCACCAGAUCCGGAGGACCCUACGCCGCAGGCGCCGUAUGUCGUUCGUGACCUCAAUCUCGAGGAAAGAGCUCUUGUAUUGGCGAUGUCCGUUAAUGUUGACUUUGACUAUUUCUCCCAUCAUUCUUCAGGAGGGGGACCCGGAGUUGGCCUCUGGUCCUUCUCCGGAGGCGGGGACUAGACCAUAGACUUCUGGGAGUCACGGGUGUACCGGACUGCAAGGAUUUGAGUAUUGCAGCGAGUCAAUGACAUUCUACCUUGCGAGGAGUUAUGGGAAGCCCUGGGGAGGGGAACCCUAACACGGCUGACCAACAUUUGAUAAUGUACCAAGUUCAGUAUGAAAUCGGUGGGCAAGGUUUUCUCUGUGUCUAUAGAACGAUAUGUACAUGUUCGGUCUGCUAUGUCACAAGAACCUUAGGCUCUGGGUACGCUGAAACAUGUAUCGAAGACGCGUACUUACAACUUGA